AAUCAAAUCCCUAUCCCUAAGUCCAAUCCUUCAUCUCUCUUCCGUCUCCAGCUCAGUUACAUCUAGAACUCUUCCGCUUUUUCUCUAUCGGGGUUUUUUUUUUUUUUUAUUCUCUUUUUCGAUGGCCUCUGCCACCCUCGAUCACCGCCAUCAUCACCGCAACCAUCUCCACCUCGAAUCUAUCCCGGUCGUAAACCUCCGUCUUCUCUCCCAACCCGAACUCGUCUCCCUAUCUUUAUGCUCCUCCUCUACUUCCCCUUCCAAUGCCGAAACCGAACUCUUCACUCCCAAAAUUGACCGCUCCGUUUUCAAUGAAUCCGCCGGUAGUCGCAAACAGACCUUCUCCCGCCUCCGCCUUGCUGCCCCCCGUAGCUACCUACAUCACCAACAUUCCUCUCCUUCAUUCAAACCCUUCCCUUCUCGUCCUCUACACCUAAACCUCGAACCUCUCGACGAAGAAAGCGCUAGCAUCCUUCCUUUGCUUAAAUCACUUUUCAACAUCGAUGAUUCGCUGACUGCUAACACCGACCACAACGAACCCUACGACGAUAAGGAUCUUGUGCCGGUUCAAAUCGAAUAUCGAAACGGGAACCCGAGUUUGCAGAAUAUUCCGGUUGGCAUUGUUAGUAGCAGUGUAAGAAAAAGGAAGCGAGGGAGGCCGAGGAGGGACGAGAAAGAUAAUUGGCUGAUUGAGAGCGAAAGUUUAGGAAUAGAGGAAUAUAAAGAAACGGCAAUCUUUGACGGGGUAAAUGAGACGGCAAAUGCCGGUAAUAUUAGCAGUUGUAGCGAAGGGAAGAGGAGGAGAGGGCGGCCACGAAGGGAGGACAGUCGAAGUAGAGUGAUUGGGAACGAGGAAAAGAAAGUUGAGAGCGAAAUUGAGAGGGUAGCAGUGGGGAAUGUGGAGGUGAUCUUGGGAAUUGAAGAGGAGUUGAGGAGGAGGACUGAGAGCUUGGGGACAGAGGCGGAAUUGUUGGAGUUUAUGGGGGGUUUAGAAGGGGAAUGGGCCAGUAAAAGCCAGAAGAAGAGGAUUAUCGACGCGGGUAGCUUCGGAAAUGUGCUUCCAAAAGGGUGGAAGCUUAUGCUCUUUGUGAAAAGGAGAGCCGGCCAUUUUUGGUUAGCUUGUAGCCGAUAUAUAAGCCCUAAUGGGCAACAGUUUGUGUCCUGCAAGGAGGUUUCUUCAUACUUGUUCUCCUUUGGUGGAAUUAAAGAUUCAAGCCUGGAAACUUUGAGUCACACUGAUGGUGGCAUUGGUUUAGGUGUCAAACCAACAUCUGGAAAUUUGUCAAUUACAUGUAGAUCUUCUGGGCAUGAGAGGCGAGCUCCCAUAAUAAGAAUGGGGAGUCCUAGGGAAGUCCAGAGAGCUGAAACAAUAAAAUGCCAUAAAUGCAUUAUGACUUUUAAUCAGCAAGAUGAUUUUAUAUGCCAUCUGUUAUCAUCUCACCAAGGGGCAGCAAAGAGUUCCGGACAUGGCACCUCAGCUACUGAGGAGGUGAUAAUAAAAAAUGGAAAAUAUGAAUGCCAGUUUUGUCGUGAACUGUUUGAAGAAAGUAAUUGCUACAGCAGCCAUCUUGGGAUCCACAUGAAGAACAAUUUGAAGAAGGUUGAAGGUUCAGUUGGAGAGCAAAACACCAUUCAGCCAUUCAAUUCCCCUGGCAACAAUGAAAUAAGACCUGGUUUUCCUUGUAGCGAAGCUAAUAAAAAUGCUCCAGUUGAAACAUAUACUGAUAAAUACCGUCAUGAAUGCAAUUUAUUGUCUCAUGAUGAACAAGAUAGGGUUAACAGGAAUGAAAAAACUUUAGCUGACAAAAACUGUGAUGAGCAAAAUAAAUUCGGUAUCAUAACUGAUAAUAAAGGGGAGGUCACUGAUACUGCUGCUGUUGCUGAUCUUAAUGUUUGUUUGGGUUCUGAAAAUGUCUUGUUUACUGCUGACAAAAAUGGGAUUUCUCAAUCUUCAGAUAAAACAUAUGUUGGAUUUGCCCUUAACUCAAUGGAGGAGAAGAGAGAGAUGGCUUCAAACACCGGUUUCCUUGCUCCAAAUUCUAAGGGAAAGAUGUUUGGUGAUGAAAAUAUUGAGGUUAGACAUUUUGUUAGCUUUACAACAAGCAUGGAAACUGAUUGGAAGGAUAAAGUUAUGAGGGAUCCAAAAGCUGGUUGUGCCAAUAGUAGCACAGGCCUGGAUAAUGUCACAAUUGAUGUUGAGCAAGAAAAUUUCACUGAAAGUUGUUCACUCAUCCUUUCCGGCAACAAAGAAAGAGUUAAUCUCUUCGAUCAUUUGAAAGGCGCUUCUGUUACAAUAGAUUCUGCACAGGAAAGAGGUUAUGGAUGUGGUUUAACUUCGUCUAAAGAUGAUAAAAAAUGUGUCAUCAACAAUAAUUUGAUUCUUGUCUCCAGUGGCACAAUGGAUGAUCCAGAAUCUAUUAUGGUCAACAAAACUGGGAAUAUUGACUCUACUAUUUGUUUUCAAAGCUAUCUCCCCAUAAAGAAACCUUCACAAGGGAACAGUGAAACUGCCUUGCUUACGUCACAUGGAAGGGAGCAAAUCUUUCCUUCUGACAAUAAUGCAUUUAGGGUAUUUAGCCGGACAGUUGAGGUUUGUGAACCUGAUGAAGCCCCAAAGUCUAGUAGAUUAAUUCCAGGUGUGGACAGCCGUGACAGUGGAUUGGAUGCUAACAUCCUGGCUAGUGUCAAGCAUGAAAGGGCUAAAGAUCGUCUAUUUGGUCCACCUUCAUAUAAGAAAACAUUUACUUCCAUACCAGAGGGGUGUAAAUGGGAAAAAGGGUCUGGGAGUAGUGUAUAUGAACAAUAUGCUAAUCAGCAAUAACUAUGAAACUAGUAGGAAUAAAGUUUCUUUCAUUACGAUAGAGGAGCCCAAACACAAAGUGGAAAGCUCCUUGAUUGGCAAUGUUAAUGCCAGGCUAGGCACAUUUGCUUUGACAGGCAUUG